AUGUCUGUCGAGGUUCUUACCACCAUCUCCCCCACUACCAAUGAGCCUAUCAUAACAAGGAAUGGCGUCAGUGCCGCGGAGCUGGAGGAAAUUCCCAAGACUGCCGAGAAGGCAUUUCAGAGCUGGCGCAAGACGCCAUUCAAUGACCGUCAGAUCAUUGUCAAGAAGGCCCUGAAGCUUCUUAGUGACAAGAAGGAUGAGCUGGCGCAAGAAAUCACAGUUCAGAUGGGCAGGCCCAUCCGAUACACUGGUGUUGAGGUCACGACUGCUGUCAAACGUGGCGAUUACCUUCUCAAAAUCAGCGAAGAGGCCCUCAAGGACACUGAAGGCGAGGCUGAGAAGGGAUUCAAGCGGUAUAUUCGAAAGAUCCCUGUUGGCCCGGUUCUGAUCAUCUUCGCAUGGAAUUACCCUUACUUAAUCCUUGUCAACUCUCUGAUUCCGGCAUUGCUCUCCGGAAACUCGGUCAUUCUGAAGCCAUCACCACAAACCCCGACAAUCGUCGAGCAAGUCGCCAAGGUUUUUGCCGAGGCUGGACUGCCCGCUGGCGUCCUGCAGUACUUCCACUCUGGCUCUCCAGUGAUGAUUGAGUCGAUCGUCAGAAACCCGAAGGUCGCUCUGGUCUGCUUCACUGGGUCAGUGGCUGGCGGCCUUGCAGUUCAAAAGGCAGCAUCCGAUCGAAUUGUCAACGUUGGCCUCGAGCUUGGUGGCAAGGAUCCCGCCUACGUCAGAAGCGAUGUUAAACUUGACUGGGCUGCUGAAGAAAUUGUCGACGGCUCAAUUUUCAAUUCUGGUCAAAGCUGCUGUGCGAUCGAGAGGGUUUACGUCGAUGAGAAAGUUUACGACGAAUUCAUCAAGGCGGCCCAAAAGGUCCUCGAGGGUUACAAGGUCGGCGACCCUUCAGACAAGGAGACACAGAUUGGACCCGUCAUCUCUGCCAGGUCUAAGGAGACAAUUGAAGCACAUAUCCAGGAUGCACUUAGCAAAGGCGCCAAAGACGCCACCCCAGACAAUGUGACAUUCAAGGAUCUCCCAGUGAAGGGCAACUUCGUGAAACCCACGCUCCUGGUCGACGUCAACCACAGCAUGACCGUCAUGACCGAGGAAACGUUCGGCCCAGUAAUUGCAGUCAUGAAGGUCAAGGGUGACGAUGAGGCAGUCAGCCUGAUGAACGACAGCGAGUUUGGACUUACUGCCAGCAUCUGGACCAAAGACACGGCCAAGGGACAUGAGCUCGCCGAAGAAGUCGAGGCCGGAACGGUCUUUGUCAACCGCGCAGACUACCCAGCUCCAGAUUUGGCUUGGACUGGCUGGAAGAAUUCGGGCAAGGGCGUCACUCUUAGCAAAUUCGGAUUUGACCAGUUCCUCAAGUUGAAGAGUUUCCAUUUGAAGGACUAUCCUAACUAG